UGCAAAUAAAGGAUAAGCUCUUUUUAUUUUCCUUUUAUAUUGUCGUAAUCAAAGUGUACCACGUCAUAGCUGGAUCACAUCCCCACACCAUAGUGACCCACCACCACCUCUUCCUCCCCUCAUCUCCUCCUAGCUCCUCCUUCUUAUACUUGCAUUGUUCUAGAACGAAGACUAUUGAUAGCGCUGUACUAUUUUCUCUUUAUUUUUCAAGACAGGUACCUCUUGUAUAUUUUCCCUCUGAAACUCAAAUUUGACUUGAAAUCUUGAAGUGAAGACUCACCAUUUUUGACCUUAGCCCAUAGCUGACCCCUUAAUCAGACAAUUUGAUUUUUUAUUGUUCCCACCUAAUUUAUAUUCCUCCAAGUCUCCAAGACGAUCCAUCUAAAUAAAUUGAGAGCUGAAGAAAGCCCAACCACCCACCUCCUUUCACAAAGAGAGAGAGAGAGAGAGAGAGAGAGAGAGGACAUGUCAAUUGCAUCUCCUCUGACUCCCCUAUUGCCAUACAUAACAUGCUUCAUAAUCUUGCUGGUCCUUGUAGAACAGAUCAAGUACAUAAGCAAGAAGAGGUCUAUCCCAGGGCCAAGCGUGGUCCUGCCCUUCAUAGGAAACGCAAUCGCAUUGGUCAGAAACCCAACCAAGUUCUGGGACCAACAAUCCAGCCUCGCCAAGUCCACCACCGCAGGACUCUCUGUGAACUACAUCAUCGGCAACUUCAUAGUCUUCAUAAGAGACACAGAGCUCUCCCACAAGGUCUUCGCCAAUGUUAGGCCCGACGCAUUCAGGCUCGUGGGCCACCCAUUCGGUAAAAAGCUAUUCGGUGAGCACAACCUCAUCUACAUGACGGGCCAAGACCAUAAGAAUCUCCGUCGUCGAAUCGCACCCAACUUCACUCCAAGGGCUCUUUCCACGUACACCGCGCUGCAGCAGAUCACAAUCCUCAACCAUCUUAAGUCCUGGGUUCAGCUCUCACACAAAGCCCAAGCCCCCAUUCCGCUCCGCGUUUUAGCCCGGGAUAUGAACUUAGAGACUUCUCAGACGGUCUUCGUUGGGCCCUACUUGACCCCCAAGGCCCGCCAGAGCUUCGAGAGGGAUUACUAUCUUUUCAACGUCGGUCUCAUGAAGCUCCCCAUCGACCUCCCCGGCAUGGCGUUCCGAAACGCCAGGCUCGCCGUCGAUCGUCUUGCCGGAACCCUAGCUACCUGCACGGCUAUGAGCAAGAAGAGGAUGGAGAACGGAGAGGAACCUUCGUGCUUAAUCGAUUACUGGAUGCAGGACACACUACGCGAAAUCGCAGAGGCGCAGCUCGCCGGAGAUACUUCACCUCCGCCGUAUUCCUCUGACGCCGAGAUUGGUGGAUACCUCUUUGACUUCCUCUUUGCGGCUCAGGACGCGUCCACGUCGUCGCUUCUGUGGGCGGUGACGCUGCUGGACUCUCAUCCUGAUGUGUUGGCCAGGGUGAGGGACGAGGUCGCCGGAAUCUGGUCGCCUGAGUCCGACGAACUAAUAACGACGGACCAGUUGAGGGAGAUGAGGUACACUCAAGCGGUGGCUCGUGAGGUGGUGAGAUUCCGUCCGCCGGCGACUCUGGUGCCGCACAUCGCGGCGGUGGAUUUCCCGUUGACUGAAAACUACGUGGUUCCGAAGGGCGCGAUCGUUUUCCCGUCGGUUUACGAGUCAUCGUUUCAGGGAUUCCCUGAACCGGACCGAUUCGACCCGGACCGGUUCUCAGAGGAGAGACAAGAGGACCAGAUUUAUAAAAGAAACUUUCUGGCGUUUGGUGCUGGGGCCCAUCAGUGCGUGGGCCAGAGGUAUGCCUUGAAUCAUUUGGUUCUGUUCAUAGCGAUGUUCGCCUCGUUGAUCGAUUUCAAGAGAGAUAGAACGGACGGCUGCGAUGAUAUUGCAUACGUCCCCACCAUCUGCCCCAAAGACGAUUGCAGGGUGUUCCUGUCUAGGCGUUGCGUACGUUAUCCUUCUUUCCCCGGGCACUGAAUUACCGUAGUGCCCUUCUUCGCCCUUUGCAUUGUUUGUUAAUUGUGUCGGCCUUUGCCUUUUCUUUUUUUUCAAAAUUUUCAUUUUAUUCAUUUGUCAUUUAUUAGUGUCAAG